AUGGGCAGAGACCCUUCUACCCCAGACACCAGACUCCAACCCUCCUACCCCAGACACCAGACUCCAACCCUCCUACCCCGGGACCAGACUCCAACCCUCCUACCCCGGGGACCAGACUCCAACCCUCCUACCCCAGACACCAGACUUCAACCCUCCUACCCCGGGGACCAGACUCCAACCCUCCUACCCCGGGGACUAGACUCCAACCCUCCUAUUCCAGAUUCCAACCCUCCUACCCCAGAGGCCAGACUCCAACCCUCCUACCCCAGAGGCCAGACUCCAACCCUCCUUCUCUGGAGGACAGACUCCAACCCUCCUACUCCAGAGGCCAGACUCCAACCCUCCUACUCCAGAGGCCAGACUCCAACCCUCCUACUCCAGAGGCCAGACUCCAACCCUCCUACUCCAGAGGCCAGACUCCAACCCUCCUACCCCAGAGGCCAGACUCCAACCCUCCUACUCCAGAGGCCAGACUCCAACACUCCUAUUCCAGAGGCCAGACUCCAACCCUCAUACUCCAGAGGCCAGACUCCAACCCUCCCACUCCAGAGGCCAGACUCCAACCCUCCCACUCCAGAGGCCAGACUCCAACCCUCCCACUCCAGAGGCCAGACUCCAACCCUCCCACUCCAGAGGCCAGACUCCAACCCUCCCACUCCAGAGGCCAGACUCCAACCCUCCCACUCCAGAGGCCAGACUCCAACCCUUCUCUGGAGGCCAGACUCCAUUAUCUUUUGCUACCCAUUCCUGGCACUACAGUCCUUCCAUAGAGACUGA